AUGGGUGUGAUACGCAAGAAGACCGCCUCGCGCGGUACUGAGGCAGGCACGAAGUUCCACUGCGAUGUCUGCUCCAUUGAUGUUACGUCAACGGUUCGCAUCUCGUGUUCGCAUCCUGCUUGCCCCGAAUAUGACCUCUGUGUUCCCUGCUUCGCAGCUGGAAAGAACUCCAACAAUCAUGACCCCGCGACACAUCCGUUCCAAGUGAUUGAACAGAACUCAGUCCCUAUCUUUCAAAAGGAUUGGGGCGCCGAUGAAGAAUUGUUAUUAUUAGAAGGCGCAGAGAUCUACGGGCUGGGUUCCUGGGCCGACAUCGCAGAUCACAUCGGCGGUUUCCGCAGCAAGGACGAAGUGCGGGACCACUACUACGACACAUAUCUGGAGAGCGUGAACUUCCCACUUGCAGCUCGCGCCGAUCCCGACGAUAGGGAUCUGCAGGAUUCGAUAUCCAAAGAGGAGUUCCAAUCGCGAAAGAAGCGUCGUAUCGAAGAGCGCAAGGAUGCAGCCAAGGCAGCACACCCAAGCACACCAAAACAGAAGCCUACGGCCAGUGUACCCGCAUGUCACGAAGUGCAGGGCUACAUGCCUGGCCGACUGGAGUUCGAGACCGAGUUCUUAAACGAUGCCGAAGAAGCGGUGCAACACAUGACUUUCGAGCCUGGGGCUGGACUCAAUGAAAGCGGCGAACCAGACGCAGAGACAGAGCUCAAGAUGACUGUCGUCGAUAUUUACAACGCCCGCCUUACGGCACGUACAGAACGGAAGAAGAUCCUAUUCGAGCACAAUCUCCUCGAAUACCGGAAGAACACCGCUCUGGACAAGAAACGGUCCAAGGAGGAGCGAGACUUGUUGAACAAAGCAAAGCCAUUAGCUCGGAUGAUGAACAGCAAAGACUUUGAAGAGAUUAACAAGGGUCUUGAGUACGAGCACAACCUCCGUCUGGCCAUCUCACAGCUUCAAGAGUGGCGGCAGAUGGGCAUCGGGGAUCUCAAGGCAGGCGAGAAGUUUGAGCAGGAUAAGCAACAGCGUAUGCAACGAUUGAUACCUCAAGGCUCAUUCGAUCGUUUUGCUAGCACGCGCCCUAAGCAGGCACAGCUGACAGAGACCCCGGCAGCGGCAAUUCAGCUGACCACGCCUGAACUGCCGCUGCGAUUGCAGAAGGCUGCCAACCCACACGCACCGCCAGAUCCUGCCGAUGAACCAUUGAACGAUUUCGAUCGCGCCUUCGCUGUUGAUGGGGAUGCACCUCCUCCACAGCCGGCAAAGACGAAAUACGUAGUGCCACCGCUCAGCGGAAUGCCAUCGUGGAAGCUGGAUAAUGAUACCGCUGCCGACUUACACCUCCUAACUAAGGAGGAGGCAGAGGUAUGCAAUGUCCUGCGUCUGAUGCCGAAGCCCUAUCUAGUUGUCAAAGAGACCCUGUUGAAGGAAGCCAUGAAGCAGGGUGGCAGCCUGAAGAAGAAAGAUGCACGAACAAUUUGCAAGAUCGAGGGCACCAAAACUAGCCGCAUUUACGAUUUCAUGGUCCACAGUGGCUGGAUUAACAAGGCAUAG